AAUGGCAGCAGUGCAUGAAGAAGAACUUUCUAUGUGUGUUUUGCUCGCUGGCUGCAUGGAAAAAUAAGGUUUUUCCAUAUAUUUUCUACUCCCAGCCCACGGAAAAACUUAACCACACAGAGGAAAACAAAAGUCAAUGAUGCUUUUCAUGCUGCUGUUCAGUCGGCAGGGCAAGCUGCGUUUACAAAAGUGGUACAUGGCCUAUCCGGAUAAGGUGAAAAAGAAGAUCACCCGGGAACUGGUCACCACGAUACUGGCCCGCAAGCCCAAAAUGUGCUCCUUUCUGGAGUGGAAGGACUGCAAGAUUGUCUACAAAAGAUAUGCAAGCUUGUAUUUCUGUUGCGCCAUCGAGCAGAACGACAACGAACUGCUGACACUGGAGAUCAUUCAUCGCUAUGUGGAGCUGUUGGAUAAGUACUUUGGCAGCGUCUGCGAGCUGGACAUUAUCUUUAACUUUGAAAAAGCAUACUUUAUCCUGGAUGAGCUGCUCAUUGGCGGCGAGAUCCAGGAGACGUCCAAAAAGAACGUACUUAAGGCGAUCGCCUCGCAGGAUCUGCUCCAAGAGGACGAAGCCGUUGAGGGCACUUUAAGAGACAUUGGACUCCUCUAAAGAACUAGAACACCCUAGAACUUAUGUAGUUGAUAUUACACGCACACCCAGACACAGCAAGCACACAAUAACACACACAGUUACACCCCCCAGCGAUAACGUGUGCUGCACUUGGCACUUUACAACACUGCUCCAUCCACUCCUCAACUCUUGUGUGUGAUUUGGCUGUUGUACAGCACUAAAACGCUGAUAAAAAAAGAUAAGCAAGAAGACGCCCAGCAGCGUGAGGCUUCAAAAAAGCAAUAAUACUAGAUAGUAACAUCAGAGCAUCUGGCAUGUGGUUUUCCAUACACUCUUUCUCUCGUAAAUUUCACACACAGAUACAAUAGAUUCAGCUAAGUUCAUGCAAAACAAGCCAACCUCACGUAGUCCCACCUGGGGUUCCUGAACUGAAUUAAUAUUCCUCUUCCUAUCUACAUUAUAUAAUCGAAAGAUCAUUCCAAUCAAUCACCAAAUGGGCAAUAACUAAUUUAGUGGGAAAUAUAUGCAAUACUAUUCUUACAAUAGAAACAUCUAAGCUUUAAUGUUGAUAAAAUGAGAACGAUAUAUAAUUGAAAAUUGUAAUAAUCAUCCCCUAGUGGUAACCGAAUAAAAACUCUAGUUUAUCUAUAUCUA